CGAAAGUGGCCAAGUUUUCUAUUGCUUUUGUAUAAUAGAAGAUAUAGAUAUAAAGUUGUACUUUUUCUUGUAAAAGAAGAAAAAUGAAAUUUAUUCCUAAUUUAAUUUGGGGAGGAAAACAAUAAAAUCCUGCUUGGAUAGAGCAUGAAAGAUUGGUCCGGGUUUGAGGAAGACAAUGGUAGCGGUGAAAAUUGCUGCAAAUCAGAGAGGCAGAUUGACUUCUUCUCCAUUCCGUUUUAUCCACUCCGCGAAGUUCACCUCUCCAGCAUCACAUUCAACUCUUUCCUCAAAAGAAUAUCAUGGUUCUAAAGCAGACUAUCGAUUGCUCCUGUGCAGUCUUGAAGCAUGCAAAAAUCCCCCCAAUUUAAGGAUUACGACCACAACACAUUGCAAAAUGAUCAAAUCGAGCUAUGCAAUGAAUCCAUCACUUCUGCGGUUGUUGAUAAUAGCAUAUUUAUCCUGUAAUUACCUGGACCCUGCCCGCGAACUGGUCAAUGAAAUUUUGGAAUGGGAUUUUGAUGUCGUCUCUGGAAAUUUGAUGAUUGUGAGUUUCAUGAAGGUGAAGGAAGUCGAUGCUGCAAAGUCAAUAUUUACCAAAAUGCCUUCUCGGGAUGUGGUCACGUGGAACUCAAUGAUUGGAGGUUAUGUAAAAAAUAGGUUAUAUAAUGAGGCGUUAAGUGUUUUCAAGAAGAUGCUUAUAUCUGAUAAGGAACCUGACCCAUACACAUUUGCAUCUAUAAUGACAGCAUGCGCGAGACUAGGGGAUAUCAGUAAUGCUAAGUAUGUUCAUAAUUUGAUGAUCGAGAGUAACAUCAAACUUAAUUACAUCUUAUCGUCUGCGUUGAUCGACAUGUACUCAAAGUGUGGAACCAUUGAGACUGCGAGAGAGAUUUUUUCCCGCGUGGACCGUGGUAACAUUUGUGUUUGGAAUGCAAUGAUUAACGGGCUUGCGACACAUGGUCUUGCUUCAGAAGCCGUUAAGGUUUUCUCGGAAAUAGGGACCAAAGGCGGCGUUUGCCCCGAUUCAAUAACAUUCAUUGCACUUCUAACCGCUUUUAGUCACUCUGGGUUGGUCGAGGAGGGAAAAAGACAUUUUUAUUUAAUGAAAGAAGAGCCAUUCUCGGUUCAACCCCAACUUGCACAUUACGGGGUGAUGGUUGAUAUUCUUGUGAGAGCGGGACUUCUUAGUGAAGCUUAUUCGAUGAUAAAGGAGAUGCCAAUGAAACCCGAUGUGGUUAUAUGGAGGACAUUUCUAAGUGGUUGUAGGAUCCAUAAGAACUCUGAGCUUGGGGAAGUCGCUGCCGCCCAAAUAUCACACCUCAGCAGUGGAGACUACGUGUUGAUGUCAAACAUAUAUUGCUCUGUGAAUAAGUGGGACAGUGCAGAGGAGUUGAGACUUGCAAUGAAACAAAAAGGCGUGCGUAAAAAGCGAGGGAGAAGUUGGGUGGAAAUUGGUGGCAUCAUCCAUGUGUUCAAGGCAGGCGACCGAUCCCAUCCGGAAAGCAGCGCUAUAUACAAAUCAUUGGAUGUGUUGAUUAAACUAACGAAAAUGAAGGGGUUUCGUCAUGAGACAGAGUUGGUAUUGAUGGAUAUAUCUGAGGAGGAGAAGGAAGAGAAUUUGGAUUUGCAUAGUGAAAAGUUGGCACUUGUUUAUGGAAUCUUGAAGGCUGGUGCUGGGGAUUGUAUUCGGGUUACGAAAAAUCUGCGCACUUGUCCGGAUUGUCAUUCGUGGAUAAAGGUGGUUUCAAAGGUGUUGAAUAGAGUUAUAGUUGUGAGGGACCGUGUUCGUUUCCAUCACUUUGAAGGCGGGUUCUGUACUUGUGCAGACUUCUGGUAAUUGCUUUUCCUAAGGAAAUCUUGGAUGUACAAAUCAGCGCUAUAUACAAAUCAUUGGAUGUGUUGAUUAGACUAACGAAAAUGAAGGGGUUUCGUCAUGAGACAGAGUUGGUAUUGAUGGAUACAUCUGAGGAGGAGAAGGAAGAGAAUUUGGAUUUUCAUAGUGAAAAGUUGGCACUUGUUUAUGGAAUCUUGAAGGCUGGUGCUGGGGAUUGUAUUCGGGUUACGAAAAAUCUGCGCACUUGUCCUGAUUGUCAUUUGUGGAUAAAGGCGGUUUCAAAGGUGUUGAAUAGAGUUAUAGUUGUGAGGGACCGCGUUCGUUUCCAUCACUUUGAAGGCGGGUUCUGUACUUGUGCAGACUUCUGGUAAUUGCUUUUCCUAAGGAAAUCUGCAAUUUUAGUAUUUUGUAUGGGAGGUUCAGGUCCUCAACACGGAGUAUGCUUAUAGAGACGCCACAGAAAAAAAGGAAGGCAGGAGGAUGUCAUGAAUCCAGCUUUGCGUAAGGUUCUUGCUGCAAUUUCUUUGCCUUUCUCAACACGGAGUAUGCUUAUAGAGACGCCACAGAAAAAAGGAAGGCAUGAGGAUGUCAUGAAUCCAGCUUUGCGCAAACCUCACAGCUAGCGAACCUCGUUGCUCCAGAGUUUCCGACUCCUCAAUACUCACCACUGCAUAGCUAGCGAACCUCGCUGGCUCGCUCCUCACCCGCCUCUAGAAUCCGCAUUUAUCUCUUUCACGGCUCCAACAGUCCACCGCCUCCACUCCUGGUAGCCUCUUGGCCUCCUUGUCCACUAAUUACAACCUCAUUUUCUAAACCUAAACUCAAAUUCGCACCAUUUUUUUCUACUGCUAGCCUUUCGCUAAAUGGUUAAUUUUAUUUCAGAUUGAGAAAAUAUUGGGAUAUGGGACCUGGGAAAUAUAUAAUUAGGUUGUUAGUGCCUUAACACUUGGUGGUUCUAUACAAAUUGAAGCUCAGUAGACUCGUUACCUGGUAGCCUUUAUUCAUUCUCCAUAAAUAGUUAAUUGGACGAGUCAUAGGUAAUUAGUUAUGAGGGUGAGAAUAGUUUUUUGGUUAAUUUAUUGGUGUGACAGUACUUUUGUUUGCAUAAUUUAUUGGUUUGACAGUAAGUUUUUGGCUUAAUUUAUUGGCGUGGGAUUAUAAUUUUCUCCUUAAUUUGUAGGUGGUGGACCUGAUACUAUUGUUGUUUUCUGUUUUCUGUUCUUUUUUGGUGUGGCUGUGUGGUUCUUUGCUUAAUUUUUUUGCAAAAAUAAUGAUACAAUGGUAGCAUACUGCAUUACAUAAGGUUGUUGUCACAGUUCGAAUUUUAUUUCAGUUUUGAACACCUAAAAUAAAAGAACCUGAUCUGCUUCUACAAUUAUAGCUCUCAGAGUAUCAUGAAUAAGUUGGAAUAGCAUGAGCAUUGGACCAGAUUUAUCCCCAGACUAGACGCCCGCAUCAAAGAUAGAGUGGAUGAUGAAAUGCUUUCUUGUAAUAUCUGUUGCUAUCUUUUUCAGGGGGAGUCCCCAUUUCUUUCUAAAAUUAGUGUUUUCUUCAAGUCGCAGAUUCUCGCAAAGUCUAGACAACUCAAAUCUGAGUUGUAUAAUACUUCUAAAGGUGAUCGCUCGAUCUCUGAGUAUCUUCUGAGUAUAACCUUAUGUCGAACGGAGAGCCUAUUUCUGUUAAGGAUCAUAUUAAUGUCAUACUUGAAGGUUUACCUGAGGAAUACGAGUCACUAGCCUCUUCUAUUUCAUCACGAAGUAUCCUUGAUCCACCUACUUUGUCUGAAGUUGAAGCUCUUCUAGCUGCCAAGGAGUUGCGUCUGAAGAAGCUCAAUGAAUCCUCACAAUCUACUAUAUUUUCUGCCAAUGUAGCUCGUCUACAACCAGAUCCUGUAAACACAAAUCAUGAACCUGAAUCUCCCUCAGGUGUAGAACCUACUUCUGCUCAUGUUACUCAGUUUCACACUUCAAAUAGCAAUGAUUCCUACAGAGGUAGAGGCCGUGGAGGUCCUAUGAGAGGUCGAGGUGGUAGAUUUGGUGGUCGUAGUUCAGUGAUAUGUCAAGUAUAGGGUUGGGUCCGAAAAAUCGAAAACCGAAAACCGAAUCAAAUCAUACCGAACUGUAGCCAAAUAAAACCGAACUGCUAACAAAUCAAAAUCGAAUGUAAAAAAACGAACCGAAUCGUAGUUGUUUGGUUCGGUUUUGGUUUUUACCCUUCAAAACCGAACCGAACCGAACAAACCGAACUAGUUAAAAUAUACGGAGUAAAAUUUAUUUGUCCAUUGUUAAGCAUUAAUCCUAACUAAUCCUAAUAUCAUUAAUAGUUUUUGGUUUUC